UUUUCUGUGCACAUAGCUAAGGAAAAGUGAAAUUCCUGCAAGUGAUACAGUGUACAUUGUUUUUUGUGAUUAUUUGCUUGAAAAGAAAAUGUCAACAGUAGUAAAGCCAUGAAAAAAGAAAAUCAGGCAUCCCACCCCCCACUCUGCUUGAUGUCAAAGGGUUAAAGUCACACCAGGUUCUUGAAAACAGUUACUUCCAAGUCAGCAUCUGGCUACUGCUGCGGUUAGUGGGAAGGAUUUUGCUUUUUAAUAGCAUUAUAAAUAGGGCUGUGUUCAACAUGCUGCAGACUUACUUUCUCUUUCAUUCAACCUCCUCCCUCCUCCUGCACGUCUACCACAGCUCUGUAGGCAUGGACCCAUCAAACAUCUUGCUCAAAUUCAUUGCCUUGCUUAUGUACCUUCUCCCCGUUCUUCAGGCCUGUCCUCAGAAUUGCCAUUGUCAUGGCGGAGACCUCCACCAUGUCAUUUGUGACAAUGUUGGAUUGAGAAGGAUUCCCAAAGUAGCUGAGCAGACCCGGCUUCUCAAUCUUCAGAGGAACAAUUUCCCUAUGCUGCCAACCAAUGGUUUCAGAGAGAUGAAAAAUCUUGUAUCUCUUCACCUCCAACAUUCCCACAUCAAAGAAAUCUCCAGUGGAGCUUUCCGCGGCCUGAAGCAGCUGGUCUACCUUUACUUGUCAAAUAAUGACAUCAGUACCAUAAAAAUGGGAGCCUUUGAUGACCUGACAGAACUUACUUACCUCUAUCUAGAUCAUAACAAAAUAUCUGACCUUCCCAAGGGGCUCCUCUCUCCACUGAUUAAUCUUUUCAUCCUGCAGCUGGGUAACAACAAGCUCCGAGAGCUGAGAUCAGGAGCCUUCCAUGGUACUAAGAACCUUCGCUGGCUCUAUCUCUCUAAUAACUCAAUCUCCUCCAUCCAACCUGGGACCUUGGAGGAUGUGGAAAACCUAGCCAUAUUCCACUUGGAUAAGAACCAGCUAAGCACCUACCCUGUGAGUGCCCUGAGCAAAUUGAGGGUGGUGGAAGACCUGAAGCUCUCAAACAACCCAAUAAAGUCGAUUCCAGAUUUAGCCUUCCAAUCUUUUGGACGGUACAUGGAGACUCUCAGCUUGGACAACAUGGGAUUAGAAAAGUUUUCAGAUAAAGCAUUCAUUGGCACAACUGCACUGAAGAACGUUCAUAUAGAGCACAACAAAAUUUCCAGGCUUCCUAGGAGCUUUCCAUUCACCCGUCUUGAGACACUCUCCCUGUCCAACAACCCUUGGCAUUGUUCUUGUCAGUUAGCACCUUUACGCAGGUGGCUGGGGUCUACUCGUACCCGCCCAGAUGCAGUUUGCGCAUCACCUCCUCAGACUCGAGGACAGCAGAUUCGAGACACUGCUGCGCUCCGUGGCUGCAAACUUCCCUCUAAGAGAUCCAAAAAAGGAAAUCGCCAUUAGACAGGCAAUCCAGUUUUUCUGGAAUUUUCAAUUAAAUAUCUGUCAACCCUUAGAGGUGGUCUAGACCAGGAGUGUCAAACUCACAGCCCAUGGCCCAGAUGUGUCAUGCGCUGGCCACCCCCCCUCGGUCUAGCAAAGGGGGGGAGUUGCGAUAUAUCACAUGACAAUGUGUCAUCGCGAGUUUGACACCCCUGGUCUAGACAAGAA